AUGGAGGUAGACAAGGUGGUGUGUUUGCCAAGGUUGUCCCGGGUCGCUGUGUGUGGCGGUACCCACGGCAACGAGCUGUCUGGGGUGUACUUGGUGAGAGAGCUGCUGAAGGAGGAGAAGAAAGUGAGGGAGAAGAAGGAGGAGGAUGAGCAGGAACAGCCUGUGUCAGUGCUGAUGGUGCUUGGGAACCCGUGGGCCACACAGCAGUGCCGCAGAUUCGUCAACACCGACCUGAACCGCUGCUUCACCCAUGCCGCCCUCAAUGGUCCUCUGUCAGACAUGGCCCCCUACGAGAUGAUCAGAUCCCGAGAACUGAACGCCAUACUGGGCCCCAAAGGAAGUCCUGAGGCGGUGGAUCUUGUUUGCGACCUCCACAACACCACAGCGAACAUGGGCCUGUGCCUCAUCGCGUACUCUGACUGCGACUGGAUCUGCCUGCACAUAUUCAGACACCUGCAGAGGAAGAUGCCGGAUAUACCGAUGAGGUACAUCCAUUUUGACGUCUCCAAAAAAGAAUCAUAUUCCCUUGAUUCAGUGGGAAAACAUGGCUUUGCCAUGGAGAUCGGCCCCCAACCGCACGGCGUGGUGAGGUCAAACAUCUAUACAGCAAUGAAAUCUGGCGUGCAGCACACGCUCGACUGGGUCCGUUUCUUCAACUCAGGUACUAUUUUUGAAGGAGGAUUUGUGGAUGUGUUCACCAUGGUUAAACACAUCGACUACCCGAGAGACAGUGAGACUCGCAACAUCGCAGCAGCCAUUCACCCUCAGCUCCAGGACCGAGACUUCUGCCUGCUCCGUCCUGAGGACCCACUGUUCCAGACCUUCUCAGGUGAAACACUGAGGUACAAAGGGAAAGAACCUCUUUAUCCUUUUUUCAUCAAUGAAUGCGCUUACUACGAGAAGGGCAUUGCCGUCUCCUUGGCACGAAAAAGACGCGUGAUGAUUCCUGCAGUCCGGGUGCAGACGGAGCAGGAGCAGGAGCAGCAAGCCAACGAACAGGGAUUUGCUUCAGAGGAAGAGGAGUGA